GGCAUUGCUAGUUGCAUGUCCUUCGCUUCCAUAUCCUAAACAUCAACGACUUCCACUUACAGUUCUUUGCCUUUCCUAUUUUGUUCUCAACUAUACAUACAUAAGAAAAUGGCAUCCAUUCUCUUUGAAGAAGACGCCCUAAAACCCAUCCGCCGAAAGCAACUCCUCAACAACAUAGUCGACGGAUUAGCCAAAGUUCGUCCCGGCACCAUCUACGCCGAGGUUCCCCGAUCCUCUAUCAGCUACGAGUUUGGAUACCGCAAGAUUAGCUAUGCCAACUUUGCAAAUGCUAUUAACGGUCUUGCUCAAUGGUUACACGAUACUCUUGGUCCUGCGGAAAACUUCCCAACUUUAGCUUAUAUUGGACCGAAUGACUUCCGAUACAACGCGCUAAUGUUGGCAGCUGUGAAAGCAGGUUAUAAAGUAUGUUACAACCUGCAAUUUUGGUGAUUGGGGCUUCUUUAAUAGGAAUGGGAAUAGAUGUUCUUCAGUUCUCCGCGAAAUAGUAUACCAUCCCAUGCCAAUCUUUUCAAGAUCCUCGACUGCAAAAUCCUCAUUACAGUCAACCCCCCUCUCCCCAUAACACCCUCAAUUAUCGAAACAACCGGCGUUCAAACAAUUGAGUGUCCAGAUGUGGACGAAUUACUCGAUACCAUUUACCCCCACUACCAUUUUAACAAAACAUUCGAGCAAGCGCGAAAAGAACCACUAGUCAUUUUGCACACUUCUGGAACCACUGGGUUUCCUAAACCUAUAGUGUGGAACCAUGAGUGGGUUGGUAGUUGGAGUGAUUGACUUGCGAUUGCUCCUCCAAAUGGUUAUACGAAUCAAACUGCGUUGUGGACUUCGUACGUAUCUUUUUAAUUAUGCACUGAAAGGGAUCUAUCUGACUGUUGUUUUCAUAGGACGAGACUUCUGAAUACUCUGCCGCCUUUUCAUGUGAGUUGCGGUUUUUGUUUGAUCGUCCACUUAAUGACUAGCUUUCUUAAACGUUCUGCAACAUUGGGCAUUGAAAGUUAGGUCAUGGCUAAUAGAUCAAUUAUAGGCAGGUGGAAUAUUCAUGACACUCUUAAACGCAGUAUUCAACCAAAUACCACACCCCUUAUCCGGGGUACCUCUCUCAACAAAAAUCGUACUCGAGGCACUCAAUCACGUAAAAGCAGAUAGCGUUCUCCUCGCCCCACCAUUUGUCGAAGAAGUUGGCGCGAACCCAGAAAUGCUAAACUUCCUAGUCAAAAAUAUCGAUGUGCUUCUCUACGGCGGUGGUGACGUCUCACAAGCUACUGGAGACAAGAUCUCCAAACGUCUCAAAUUAUCCAUGAUCAUAGGGUCUACAGAAAGCGGUGCUUACCCCGCCGUCUUCCCUACCGAUAAAUGGCCAUCUGAUGAUUGGAAAUGUCUCCAUUUCCAUCCCAACGCUGGCAUCAAAUUAAGACCGCACUCUGAAAACCGGUAUGAAGCGGUUCUCAUUCGCAAUUCUGAUCCUGAAAAAGUACAGCCCAUUUUCUCCGUGUUUCCAUCCUUGAAUGAAUGGGAAACACACGAUCUGUAUGCUCCACAUCCUUCAAUUCCAGAUCUGUGGUUAUGUUCUGGACGAAGCGAUGAUAUUAUUGUACUUCUAACUGGCGAAAAAACGAAUCCUCUCAGUAUGGAACAACAGAUGUCACAUCAUCAUGAAGUACGAGCUGCGCUUGUCAUUGGUGCUCAUCGAUUCCAAACCGCGUUGUUGAUUGAGUUGGUAUCUCUUCAAGCUCUUUCUACAGUAGAACGAGCCAAGGCAAUCGAACGUAUAUGGCCGACCAUUCACCAAGCAAAUCAGGAAUGACCUCGCCAUGCUAAAGUUGCCAAAUCCCAUGUGUUCUUCACUAGUCCGGAUAAACCUAUGGGAAUAUCGGGAAAGGGAAUGGUUCAGAGACAACCAACACUUGAUUUGUACUCAAAAGAGAUCGAUAAUCCUUAUGCCGACGCCGAUAUAAUUUUAACUUCAAAUCCGUUAGACAUUUCAACACUCGAUAUUGAAAAGUGUGAAAUAGAUAUCAUUGACAGUACCUCCAUAAGUCAAUUCAUCCAUGAUACCAUUUCUCAGCUCAUAUGAAGCAUCAUCUUCCAGGACGAGGACGAUUUAUAUAUUUGAGGAAUGUUGGAUUCUUUGCAAACACUCCGAUUAACCAGAAUUUUCUGAAAAACACUUUCGCAAUCCCGGAGUUGGAGAUUACUACUCUGUACACCAAUCCUUCCGUAGAAUCUCUUACCACGGCGAUAAUUCAACUUUCUUCGCUCCACGAAUCUGCAAAGUCUUCGAGUGAUAAGUCGAGACAGCAAGGUAUUCAUGAUAGCUUGGUUGAAUACAAGACUAUCAUAGAUGAGAUCGCUCCCAGCGAUAACCAGACGUACUCGAAUGGGAUAAAAGAUGUAAAUGGCACGUCAUCAAGAGAGAGGGUUUUUAUCCUCACCGGUUCCACCGGUGCACUCGGCUCAUAUGUUUUGCAAACCUUUCUCUCAUCAAGCACCGUUUCGCACAUCUUUUGUCUUAACAGAACUGCUGGGGAACAACCACAAAUCAAACGAAGCGAGGCCCACGGUCUUCCUACCGAAUUUCCUUCAGACCGCGUCACAUUCCUCCAGGUUAAUCUCUCAGAAGAACGAUUAGGUCUUGAACCCGAGACGUUUGAGAGAAUCAAGCCUCCACAACACAUAUCAUCCACAAUGCAUGGCCUGUAAAUUUCAACAUCCCGCUAUUGUCUUUCUAUCCCAACAUCAAAGGAGUCAUCAACUUGAUUGAAUUCGCAGCUACUGCAUCUCAAGAUCCUUCUCUUAUGUUCCUUUCAUCCCUUAGUUCCGUCGGUAACUUUUCAGGAGAUGUCCCCGAAAGCGUCAUCAACGAUAUAACCGCAUCUCUUCCAAUGGGCUACUCGGAAUCAAAAUUUAUCGCCGAAAAUCUCCUUUCCUAUGCUACUGAUAAAUUUCCUCGUGUAUCCAUUAGCAUUGCUCGCGUGGGACAAAUCGCAGGUCCAGUUUCUACCACCGGCAUCUGGACUAAACAUGAGUGGUUCCCAAGUCUUGUGCUUAGCUCUAUUCAUCUUGGUAUUAUACCCAAAUCACUUGAUUCAACCGAUCGCAGCAAGGUUGACUGGGUACCUAUUGAUCUCAUCGCUGAUAUACUUGUGGAACUUAUAUUUUCACAGAGAAUUGAUCACAACAAUGGAGCCAAAGUUUAUCGUCCCGUCAAUCCUGUUCUCGUUCCAUGGAAGUCA